GCUUGACAUGAUUUUGGGAAAAGUGGGCUCAAAGGCAAAGGACGUCUACGAGUCAAAGAUCAGUCUCGCUUCUCGAAUCGUCAAAGUAGAACGCUCUGUGGAAGACAUUGAAACAAAAAUGGACAACAUGCUGGAGAUGUUCAUUGAAGAUCGGGCACGCAUGCAGAACAUGCUUCGUCUUCUCUCGCCCAACUUUGCUCAGCAACAGUCGUACAGCAAUCAACCACCGCCGAGUAGUGGCUCGGGACCGGCGAUGGGGCCACAGCCGCCGCCUCAUGGUGGAGGACAGCAUCACCAUCAUCACCACCAUCACCACCACCACCAUCCUGGAGGAGGGGGAGGAGGAGGAACUGGUGGUGGAGGUAGUGGUGGUCCAGGGGGCGGAAAUGGUCGCGGACCUGGUGGCCCAGGUGGCGGCACCACCGGUCUCGGAUCCGGUCCUGGACCUCCUCCCUCGACGACAGCAGCAAUUGCAUCCACCUCAACGGCCUCAAUUCCCCUCACUGCCACAACAUCGACCGCCUCGUACGUCGGUGCCCCUCACUCCGGCGCUGGCUACUACCAGCCGAAGUGUGCAUAUCAGCCAUUGCAAUCCUCCUCCUCCUCGCAGUCGCAUCCUUAUCAGCCGCAACACCCUCACCACCACCAUCACCACCACUCGGCCAUUGACCAGUCGGCCAGUCCACCGCCAUCACUUCCGCCUCCCCCGCCUAGUACACCGAUUGUCGCCUGCAUUGAAUCGGCUAUUGCCGCCGCUGCUGCCGACAUUGACUCUGCAGCUAGGCAGCAGUUCUGCAAGAACCACUCUACCUCGUCCACUUCCUCCAGCCCACCAGCAGCACCAGCAGCAACAACAACGGCUGAUGCCGAUCCGACUCCCACUGCAGGAAGUAUGUCAACCUCCCGAACUGAGUACUGUCUUCGCUGUAUUGAGUCAGAUGCCGCCUCACUGAUUGAUCAGCAGACUUCUACCGUCUUCGGUGGGAGUGGCUGCCAACAGGAAAGCCUGGUGGGCCAACGUAGCGGUGGCGGCGGCGACAGUACUGCAGUUGACACUACUGCUGCUGUCAAGCAUCCGAUAGCACGUAAUCUAAGCAAGGCGAUGCACCGGGGCAACUCUGACCUGAGUCAGCGUCUGCUGAAGCGCAAAGUCUCCAUCCGCCACUCGCUGGACACCUCUGUUGCUCAAUCUCGUGGCCUUAAUCCGGUCGCCUACUGCGGCCCUGCUGGCGCUGCCAGUGCGGCGAACAGCAGUGAACAGAACAACAACAACAAUGGCGGCGUCGGCGGCACCGUCAAUCCCUACUUUCGCUCUAUUCUCAGCUCAAAGCGAUCUGCGGGCAGUGAGACGAACAUUGGCUCUAUCACGCUGGCCACUGCCACCGGCUCAACGCCUGCCAUCAAACUGGAGGUGCCAGAGUUUGGCUGA